CUCUGAACUACAGAAUACCAGAAGGCCCUAUUGAUCAGGGGACAGCUACAGGAAGAAUCCGUGUUUUAGAAGAACAGCUUGCUAAGGCCAAAGAAAAGAUCGAAAAUUAUAAGAAACAAGCCAGGAAUGGUCUUGGAAAGGAUCAUGAAAUCUUAAGAAGGAGGAUUGAAAAUGGAGCUAAAGAGCUCUGGUUUUUUAUACAAAGUGAAUUGAAGAAAUUAAAGAAUUUAGAAGGAAAUGAACUCCAAAGACAUGCAGAUGAAAUUCUUUUGGAUUUAGGACAUCAUGAAAGAUCUAUCAUGACAGAUCUAUACUACCUCAGUCAAACAGAUGGAGCAGGUGAUUGGCGGGAAAAAGAGGCCAAAGAUCUGACAGAGUUGGUCCAGCGGAGAAUAACAUAUCUCCAGAAUCCCAAGGACUGCAGUAAAGCCAGGAAGCUGGUAUGUAACAUCAACAAAGGCUGUGGCUAUGGUUGUCAACUCCAUCAUGUAGUUUACUGCUUCAUGAUUGCCUAUGGCACCCAGCGAACACUCAUUUUGGAAUCUCAGAAUUGGCGCUAUGCUACUGGUGGAUGGGAGACUGUGUUUAGACCUGUAAGUGAGACAUGCACAGACAGGUCUGGCCUCUCCACUGGACACUGGUCAGGUGAAGUGAAGGACAGAAAUGUUCAAGUGGUCGAGCUCCCCAUUGUAGACAGUCUCCAUCCUCGUCCUCCUUAUUUACCCCUGGCUGUACCAGAAGACCUUGCAGACCGACUCCUAAGAGUCCAUGGUGAUCCUGCAGUGUGGUGGGUCUCCCAGUUUGUCAAAUACUUGAUUCGUCCACAACCUUGGCUGGAAAAGGAAAUAGAAGAAGCCACCAAGAAACUUGGCUUCAAACAUCCAGUGAUUGGAGUCCAUGUCAGACGCACUGACAAAGUGGGAACAGAAGCAGCCUUCCAUCCCAUCGAGGAAUAUAUGGUACACGUUGAAGAACAUUUUCAACUUCUCGCACGCAGAAUGCAAGUGGAUAAAAAAAGAGUAUAUCUGGCCACUGAUGACCCUUCUUUGUUAAAGGAGGCAAAGACAAAGUACUCCAAUUACGAAUUUAUUAGUGAUAACUCUAUUUCUUGGUCAGCUGGACUUCACAACCGAUAUACAGAAAAUUCACUUCGGGGUGUGAUCCUGGAUAUACACUUUCUUUCCCAGGCGGACUUCCUAGUGUGUACUUUUUCAUCCCAGGUCUGUCGGGUUGCUUAUGAAAUCAUGCAAACGCUGCAUCCUGAUGCUUCUGCAAACUUCCAUUCGCUAGAUGACAUCUACUAUUUUGGAGGACAAAAUGCCCACAACCAGAUUGCGGUUUAUCCUCACCAACCUCGAACUGACGCGGAAAUCCCCAUGGAACCUGGAGAUAUCAUCGGUGUGGCUGGAAACCACUGGGAUGGUUAUUCUAAAGGUGUCAACAGAAAACUGGGGAAAACAGGCCUGUACCCUUCCUACAAAGUCCGAGAGAAGAUAGAAACAGUCAAGUACCCCACAUAUCCUGAAGCUGAAAAAUAGGGAUGGAGUGUCAGAGAGGAACAACAGAACUCAGUUCAGACCAUCUCAGCCAGCAGAAGACCCAGACUAACCAUGUUCAUUGACAGGCAUGCUCGGCACCAAGAGCAAGUGGGACCCUCAGAUGCUGCACUGGUGGAACGCCUACUUUAUGAAGGGUUGCCGUGCCCUAAGCCCAUGCACAGUCCAAUAACAUACUCACACAUGACAUACAAACGGAUUCUUUUCUACUUUGCCCCUUUAAAUAUUAUGUCCCCAUGAAAUAAAUACUGCCACGUUGUGUAAUUUAAGUGACACAGACAUUUUGUGUGAGACUUCAAACAUGGUGCCUAUACCUGAGAGACCUCUGUGGCUUACUGAGAAGAUGCUAGCAGCUCCCUCCUGUGGGGAAGUUGGUUCUGAGCCAGUGGUAGUGGUGUGGCCACUGAGUUCACUCCAGUCAACAGAUUCAGAAUGAGAAUGGAUGUUUUUCCUUUAUAUGGUUGUCUGGAAUUUUUUUUAAGUAAUUUCAUCAGUUCAGUUCGUCCACCUCAUCAUUAAUAAAUGAAGGAAUACACCAAUAAAGUAAAGUGAAAUAUUCACUGUCCAUUAGGAAGUUUUGUAAAACGAUGCCAUGAACAAAAAUUCUUUAGUACUCAAUGUUUCUGGACAUUCUCUUUGAUAACAAAAAUAAAUUUUAAAAAGGAA